AUUUUUAUUUUUUUUUAAAAAAAAUUAGAUUCACAAAAGAUUCAUUUCUUCAUCAAUCUUCUUCCAAUUUCUACUCCAUUAAUUAAUGUCAUAAAAUUGGAAAAGCGGUGUGAAAUUUGCCCAAAAAAAUUGAGAAUUAUGAGCAAUUUGAGAUCAAUUUGUAGACCUCAAAGUGUAUACUAUUUUUCAAUCAGUUGUUGUUGCAGAGACAUAUUAUUGGGUAAAUCAUCAGUUAGGGUUUCAACCCGUAACCUUAAUUCAAACCCUAAACCUUGGGUGGUGCAAUCAUGGUCGAGAAGAAAUGACACGUGGGAUUAUCGAUUGAAUAAUAAUAAUAAGCAAAGGAAAAUGAUGACUACUUGUGCUUAUAAUUGGAACGAUUCCAAGUCUCCUUAUGAAACUUUAGAACUUGAAAGGGAUGCAGAUGAAGAACAAAUAAAGGUGGCAUAUAGACGUCUUGCAAAGUUUUACCAUCCAGAUGUUUAUAAUGGCAGAGGGACUCUUGAGGAAGGAGAAACUGCUGAAGCUCGAUUCAUUAAGAUUCAAGCUGCUUACGAACUGCUUAUAGAUGAAGAAGAACGGAGAAAAUAUGAUAGUGACAAUCGAGUGAACCCCAUGAAGGCAUCUGAAGCAUGGGUGGAGUGGCUUAUAAAAAAGCGAAAAGCAUUUGACCAGCGGGGUGAUAUGGCCAUUGCUGCAUGGGCUGAACAGCAGCGGCUAGAAUUAAAUCUGAAGGCCCGCCGUCUUGCUCGUUCAAAGAUGGAUCCCGAAGAAGAAAGGAGAAUUAUUGCUAAAGAGAGAAAGGCUUCUGUCGAGAAUUUUAAUAAUACGUUGAAGCGGCAUACACUUGUCUUAAGGAAAAGAGAUAUAAUGCGGAGAAAAGCAGAAGAGGAAAAGAAAAAGGUCAUUAGCAGGCUUCUUGCUGCUGAAGGUCUGGAGCUUGCAGAGGAUAAUGAUGAAAACCGAUAGGAAAUUCAACGCAUGUUGGUUCUCCUCGAUUUACCUGAUGAAGAAUGCAGUAUUUUGGAAAGUUGUUUUGGCAUUGAAGCAAUGUAUUGUGCAAUAGAGGAGGAAGAAAAAGUUGUAUAUAUGAUAUCUCCCAUCUGUCGCUUUACAAAUGAAAAUAUAGUAUCUUUGUAAGUUAUUUAGCUGAACAUCAAUCAUAGGUUGACUUUUUACUAUACUGAACCUGGCAAGUUUGAAACAUUUAGUUUUCUAUUUGUCAUGGUCGACUCCUUAUCUAUAUUUAUAUUGAUGCUUGCAUA